AUGGCGGUGCCAUGGUGGAUACCGAUAGCGGUUUUUCGGCCACGCCAUAACAAGGCGAAGGCGAAUCGUGUUUUUCGUGGCGGCCGCUUUGGGCAUGGCACGUGGCGGUGGUGGAGCAGUCGUGGCAAAAAAUCGAAUGAAAUGUUGAAUGGAGAAGAGAAGAAAGAGAGUAGCGACGGCGUGUGCUUGUCAUUCAACCUUGUGAGGUUGAAACUUUUUCAAGAUAUGAUUGAUGUCAUCGGUGCUUAUGGAUCUAAUUUACUCGCUCCUAGUUAUCAUGAAUUUAGAGUUCCACUUCUCAACAAGGAAGUUGACUACACUGAGAAGUUGUUGCAAGAUCAUAAAUUGCAAUGGAGCAAACAUGGGACAAUGUUUGUCAAGUCCAUUGAUGGUUCAAACUUUGUGAAGACACGAGAAAAGUUAUUUGAGAUGCUUGAUUCCCUUGUGGAAGAGAUUAGAGAAGAAAAUGUUAUUCAAGUUAUAAUAGAUAAUGGGAGCAAUUAUGUGUUGGCUGAUUUGAUGCUUGAAGACAUUGGAAAGCUUCCUUUGAUAAAGAAGACAAUUCAAAGAGGAGUUAGUCUUGUUGGCUUUAUCUAUAGUCAUUUUAGUACCUUGAGUCUGUUGAGACAAUUUACAAAUAAAAGGGAAUUAGUAAGACAUGUUACAAAUUUUGCUACCUUUUAUUUGUCAUUACAAAGGUUGCAUCAAAAGAAGGGAAAUUUGAGAAAGAUGUUCACUUCUGAUGAAUGGAGCAAUAGUAAGCUAUCUAAGGAAGCCAAGCGAAGGGAGGCUACAAAAAUUGUUCUUAUGCCUUCAUUUUGGAAUCAAGUAGUGUUUACUCUCAAAGUCAUGGCUCCUCUUAUUCAUAUGCUUUGUCUAAUGGAUGGGAAAAGAAAAGCAGCUAUGGGUUAUAUAUAUGAAGCAGUGGAGAAAGCCUAG